AUGGCAGCACGGGGCUCCAUGGGGUGCUGGGCCCGCAGUUUCCUCAGCUCAACCCCGGAGUAUUUACUUAGCGGAGCAGAGGUGGCUGAGUCUCAGCAGAGCCAGGAGGCCAGCGCAGGGGGCACUCAUCGCCCCAAAGCUGACUCUGCUGGUUUUGAGGAUGACCAGGUUGAGACUGCACAAGAUAUACCAGUGAAUGACGUGCCAGAGAAUGAAGCUUUUCCCACACGCAUCACAGACAGGAUAUUUUUCAUUGAUCUAGCCAACAAGCAACUGCGAAACAUCUUGCCAGAGGUCUCGAGUCUAGAAUAUCUGGAAGAGCUGCACAUGGAAAAGAACCUGAUUGUAAGCAUCCCAGACAUCAAUCACCUGAGGCACAUGAAGAUCCUCUACUUGGAUCAGAAUUACAUACAGGACAUAUGUGAAGAACUGGGGGAGCUGAAAUGACUUCUAAGCUUAAAUCUAAGUAACAAUCCCCUCUCCUGUAGUUUGCUGCCAGUUAUCAGCAAGUUGCAGCCCCUUCGUCAGCUAGUCUAUAAAACAAACUUGCACAAAAUCCCAGUGCAGGUCUGUGAAUAUCUCCAUCGUGUUGAACUGCUUGGCCUUUCUGACAAUUAUUUCAAGUGUCUGCCUAAAGAAAUAGUGAACCUGCAAAAACUCAAGGAAAUUUACCUCCAGAAAAAUAGAUUUGAAAGUUUUCCCAAGGAGCUUUGUCAUAUUGCUAAUUUAGAAAUAAUAGAUCUGGAACAAAAUCUGAUCAGUCUCAUCCCAGAAGACAGAGGCUUUUUGACAAACUUAGUUAAGAUAUUUUUAGCUUUUAAUAACUUAUCCUCCAUUCCUCCUACACCACACUGCCAGAAGCUGCCUGUGCUGGAUCUGUCUCAAUCUCCGCACAAGCUUCCCCCAGGUUUGAAGAAUCUCACGAAAUGAGAACUCAGACUGUCUGCUAACAGCCUGGAGAAGUUCCCAAACCAGAUCUGCUGCUGGCCGUCCCUUUCCCGUGCUUAUCUGAGGAACACCGGACUGCACACAGUACCCAGGUCUUUCAUCAGAUUAACCAGUGUCAGGAUACUAGAUCUGAGUGAAAACUGCUUUGAUGAUAUUCCUAAAGGAAUAUGCACUAUGAAAAAUCUGGAAGUAUCAGCCCUUGAUGACAAUCAGAUACAGAAGAUACCUGCAGAGGUGAAAGACCUGACAAAUUUGAAAUGCCUUAGCCUGUCUGAAAACCAAUUCAGUAUCCUUCCAAAGCAAACCUUUCUCCUGGAGUCAUUAGAGAAAUUAUAGCUGGGACAAAAUAAAGGAAUUAAAUUCACAAGUCUGCCAGAAGACAUCAGCAAAUUGCAGAAUCUGAAGGAACUGCAUACAGACAAUAAUUUUCUGGAGUACCUGCCCACAGCCAUUGGCUCAUUGACCCACUUGAAAAUAUUUGACUGUCAUAACAACCUCCUUAAACAGCUCCCAGACUCUGUACGCCAAAUACAAGGUGAAAUACACACGCAGGAAUGCUCCACAUCAUUCCUGUUCCUUGUGCUGCAGCUGUUUGCUUUUGUGUGUUCACGUUAGCAAAAACUGCUCGUUCAGAACAAUCACCUGUCCCAGCUGCCUGAGGAUUUGGACAGUCUUCAGCAGCUGGAGCUGGUCCUUGUGGUUAACCCCCUGAUUGAAGUGUGCUGUCAGGGGAUAUCUGCCAUCUGGGAAUACUUACAGGAAAAAGGCAUAAAAAGGCCAUGA